GUUAAGGACAGGUAAAGACGAACCCUUGUUAGUUAGGGUGUGAUUUACACCUGUCAGCUUGAGUUUUCUGAUAGAGUGUCUACUCCAUUGCACUAUAUGAGAACGGGCAGUGGGCAGGUUGAAAACAAUUUUUUUGUGUGUGUCGGGUUGCUAUAGAAACUCUUUUGUUUGUGUUUGGUAGAGAGGAAAUGGGUUCCCCCUUUUAAAAAGCUUCUUUAGUUUUGCUCACCGUUUUCAACCUGUUUGAAAAUGGUUCUGGUUACACAUACAGUUCAAUUAUUUUCAGGGUUUUGCAGUAACCCCAUUUAAACUGGUUUUACCGUUUAGGUUACAGUAACUCAUCGUGGUAACCUAUCAAGCUCACGAAAGGAACACAUGAACUGUUUCCACACGGACUAUUCUAAUAGCCGCACCACCAAGAAAAUGAGUGUUUGUGUGCGGAAGUUUCAUUCGCGUGUUGUCGUCCGCAUUAAAAAAUACAAAAAAAAUCAGGACAGGAAACAAUAGAAGCCAUUUCUUAACUUAGACAAGACUUAGAAAAAGCUAGAGCUUUCAAAACAGUCAAAUACAUUAUUAUUAGCGAAUAUAUUACAUUCACGUGAAUUCAGAAAGGAAGUAGGCUGCUGUAUUGGAAAAGCAGGCACCAGGUAAAAAAUAAAGAGGAUGAACGAGUGGACGCCUGUAGCGACUGUGUACAACCCUCUCAGAGCUGGGAGCAUCGAUGGCACAGACGUGGACCCUCACGACCGGGCCGUGUGGAGGGCGAUGGUGGCACGCUAUGUCCCCAACAAAGAAGUGGUAGGCGACCCUCACCACACUCUGUUCGUAUCCCGACUCAACCGCCAAACGACAGAGGAAAAGCUGAAAGAGGUCUUCUCCAAAUACGGGGACAUUCAGAGGCUUCGUGUUGUCAGAGACAUCGUCACGGGGAUAUCCAAGGGAUAUGCGUUUAUUGAAUACAAAGAGGAGCGCGCCCUUUUAAAAGCUCACAGGGAUGCCAAUAAGCUGAUUGUGGACCAGCAUGAGCUCUUUGUGGACUUUGAACAGGAGAGGACCCUGAAAGGCUGGGUCCCGCGUCGCCUUGGGGGAGGACUGGGGGGUAAGAAGGAAUCGGGGCAGUUGAGGUUCGGUGGACGGGACAGACCUUUCCGAAAACCCAUCAAUCUGCCCCUGAUGAUGAGCGACCACUCAUUUACGGACAGGCAGCAUACAAGAGGAGAGAGGCAGCUCUCUAAUGAGAGAGCAAGAGACAGGCAGAGGGAGAAGGGUAUUGAUAGAGAUGAGAGAUGGAGAGACAGAUCCCAGGACAGAGAGAAAGGGAGGGCGAGAAGGGAAGAGAGAGACAGAGAGAGAGAACGGAGUGAUAGGGAUCAUGACAAAGAAAGGAAAGACAGUAAGCGGGAGAGACACAGAAGCAAAGAGCGCGACUCCAAAAGAGUAAAGGAUGAAAGCAGACACAGGGACAAGGGCAGACACAAAGACAGAAAAUGAAGUGUCUCUUGUUUUUUUUCCUUGGCUUUGCUGAUCCUGCCUAUAUUUUUCUUUACCUGCAAAAUUCCUGGGCUCAUCAAAUGACCAAAAGCUUGGGGGUUUGCAUCCGGUUCAGUGGCAAUGUAUCACUGUUGCUUUGCUCAUGCUGUACAGUAAUGACUUCCAUGGCCGUGGACCCCAAGCAGAGAGAGCUUGAACUAACCAAGACAAGAGCCUUUAAAGAGGGGACGACCAAAACUUAGAUUUCUAUUUUCUUAUCACUGGCCCCGUUUUAGUUCUGCCAAAGAUGUUUUUGUUCUUUGCUCGUUUGUUUUUUUUAGUAUGGGGAUCUACUUAUUUUUCAAGAAGCACACAGUACAGUAGUGAAAGAAAGUGCGCACUCCCUUAUUGCUAGUACCAUAUCAUGUGUGGUAAAAACAAGUGUCCCUGGUCCAAAGGCUCUCAGUCCAGUCCAUGUGAGGAAGAGCGGUCUAAGCUUUGCACAGCUGAAAAAUAUCAACAUAUUUCUGAUUCAAAGCAAAACUCAAAACCAUAUUUCAGGGGACAAUUUAUAAUGGUAAUAUGGAUUUUAAAGCCUUGGUUGGCAUUUAACAUCUUAGUGAUUUAUUAUUAUUAUUUUUGUUUGGAUUGCGUUUCAUGCCAUUUUUUCACCCUAGAAUUUAUUGUAUUCCAAUCACAAUAUACUAUUGCUGUUUUCAAUGUAAGAAUAUGAUUUGUGGUCAAGGCAGUGUACAAGGCAACGCUGUAAAUAAAACCUACGAGCCAUUCAAAUAAACAAAACCUACGAGCCAUUCAAAU